AUGGAGUUUCCACAACAGGACCCAAAUGACUCGGUCACCAGCGAGACGGCGCCGCUGAUCGAGCCCAUCGACUGCGACAGCGACCACGGCCUCUUCCAGGUCCCUCUCAAGCGGAGGACAGGCUCACCUCUGGGGCCGAGUCAGCUGUUCAAGUCGCCGCCUCUCACGUCGGCCGAGACAAUCUCUACGAGGCUGCGCUCGAGCACAAAUGACAGCCCACCGCAGCAGCACACAGACUCCCCCAUAAUCAUGUCCCCGGCCUCGUCCGUCUACGACGCGCCAGCGCUGCAUGAUCUCCAGUCCCCGAUCCACGACAUACGAGACGGGAGGACCGGUGCCAGCGGCAUCAUAUCGCCCGCCCGUGCCGCGCCGCCCAUCCCGCCGCUGGCAGCCGGGCGGCAUCACCACCAGCAGUACCAGCAAAGAGCCAACAACAACAGGCAGCCGGACGUGUUCCCGACGCCGCCUGUGUACGACGACUGGGUGGUCCCAGACUCGCCGCGGGAGCGGCUGUCGCAGAUGCGUGCGACGCCCGACUCGGCCUACGACCGCGCGCGCAACAUGGAGAUACACCGCAGCGAGUGGAAGAACGUCGUCUACCGCUUCCCCGUCAAGGGCAAAGGCCACUGGGUCGUCGACUGCGACCUCACCGAGUCGUCGCACGCGCGCCUGUCCGACGUCGCUCGCCGGUCCAGCGAGGGCUUCGAGUGGAACGGCGACUACGAUCUGGCCAACAUUUACCGCGUCCUCUCCAUCGUCCACAAGAAGCUCAUGGACGAGAUGCGCGCAGAGCGGCUCAGGCCUAGUAAUAGUGGCCAAACCCAGGCUGCUGCUGGUGGUCCCGGUGGCGGUAGCGGUAGCGGUGGCGGUGGUGCUGGUGUCCGUGUGGCCUGA